AAGCUGAAUAUAAGGCUUCAAGGAUUCUUACUCUCUCUCUCUCUCUCUCCUGAAUUCUACUUUCAUCAUUCUAUCUAGGGUAUAGACUUAAGUAGUCGACGUUGGAUCGGAGCGCCGGCGUAAUCUACAGUCGGGCUCGUAGGAUCGGAGAUCGAACAUAACAGUUGAGUAAAUAUGAAGAUUUUUGUCAAGACUUUGAAGGGUACUCACUUCGAAAUCGGAGUGAAGCCUGAAGAUACGGUUGCUGAUGUUAAAAAAAACAUAGAGUCUGUCCAAGGAGCAGAUGUAUAUCCUGCUGCACAGCAGAUGCUUAUUUAUCAAGGGAAGGUUCUAAAGGAUGGAACUACAUUGGAAGAGAACAAGGUUGCUGAAAACAGCUUUAUUGUCAUCAUGCUUUCUAAGACCAAGGCCUCAACAGGUGAAAGUUCGGCACCCGCAGUGAAGGCACCACAGACAAGUGCUCCACCUACUGCAACCCCUCAACCCCCACCAGCAUCCUCAACAGUUUCAAUUCCUGUCCCAGCAGCAGCUCCUGCUGCACCGGUUAUUGCAGGUCCAAUUCCCGUCCCAGCAGCAGCUUCAGCUACACCUGUGAUUGCAGGGUCAGAGACUGAUGUAUAUGGUCAAGCAGCUUCAAAUCUAGUUGCUGGAAGUAAUCUCGAGGGAACUAUCCAACAAAUUCUGGACAUGGGUGGAGGUAUGUGGGACAGGGACACUGUUGUUCGAGCUCUUCGUGCUGCUUUUAACAACCCCGAGAGGGCAGUUGAAUAUUUGUACUCGGGGAUUCCUGAGCAAGCUGAUGCUGUCGCCGCCCCACCACCUGGUGCUCCUGCUCAGCCUCCUCAACCAGUAGCAGCACAAGAUAUCACAGCAGCACUUCCUGUUCCUUCUAGUGGACCUAAUGCAAAUCCAUUAGAUUUGUUUCCUCAGGGUCUGCCAAGCAUGGGGGGGUCCAACACUGCGGGUGCAGGCACACUGGAUUUUCUGCGUAAUAGUCAACAAUUUCAAGCAUUAAGAGCCAUGGUGCAAGCAAAUCCACAAAUUUUACAGCCUAUGCUUCAGGAGCUAGGGAAGCAAAAUCCUCAUCUAAUGAGGCUUAUACAGGAGCAUCAAUCUGAUUUUCUUCGCCUGAUCAAUGAACCUGUUGAAGGCAGUGGUGGAGAAGGGAACUUAUUGAACCAGCUUGCUGGGGGAAUGCCACAGUCUGUAACUGUUACUCCUGAGGAGCGUGAAGCCAUUGAACGUCUUGAAGGGAUGGGAUUCGAAAGGGCGCUGGUACUGGAGGUGUUCUUUGCGUGCAACAAGAACGAGGAACUUGCUGCAAAUUACCUUUUGGACCACAUGCACGAGUUUGAGGAACAAUAAGUAAUUAUAUUUAUGUUUGGGAGAAACUGGUUUCUAUUUAUUUCUUCCCCUUUUACUUUGAUGAGACUCCUCGUCAUGUUGUUCAUACUUUUUUUUUGUUUUUUUUUCUUAAAUCUUGACAAUAGCACUUGUCUCAUUUUCUAGUUGGGUCUUCUGUUCUGUCUUUAUGCAACACUCCGAUAUGGUUGAAUGGAUGGGAUAUAACAUUGAUUGUUGCUGCAAAAAAAGAUGGACAAUGUCCAUAUAAUAACUUAUGAUGAUGGCAACAGAUAAAUGUAGUAGAUUGCUUCUUCUUU